CCAGCGCGGUCUCAUCCCCCCUCACUCCUCCCACCACCGAGUGGUGCCUCUUAACCCCCGGGAGCCUCCCUCCCGCGAAACACUGCUCCACUUUGCAGAACACGAGUUGAUGAGAAAAAAAAUAAUCCUCGGCGGCGGCCAGCCAUGAGCUGUUUGGAUGUUAUGUACCAAGUCUACGGCCCCCCCCAGCCCUACUUCGCAGCAGCCUACAGCCCCUACCGCCAGAAACUCUCCUUUUACUCCAAAAUGCAAGAAGCCCCGGAGAGCGGCAGCAGCGCCAGCGCCAGCAGCUCCUUCUCCAGCCACCCCGCGGCCAGCAUCAAGGAGGAGGACUGCAGCCCCGAGAAGGAGCGACCCCCCGAGGCCGAGUACAUCAACUCCCGCUGCGUCCUCUUCACCUACUUCCAGGGAGACAUCAGCGCCGUGGUGGACGAGCACUUCAGCCGGGCCCUCAGCCAGCCCAGCAGCUUCUCGCUGGGCAGCGCGAAGGCGGCGCGGAACGCCGGCUCCUGGCGGGAUGGCUCCUUCCCGAUGAGCCAGCGCAGCUUCCCGCCGUCCUUCUGGAACAGCACGUACCAGCCCUCCUCGGUCCCAGCCACCCUGAGCAGCCCCCUGGCAGCUGCCGCCCACAGCGAGCUGCCCUUUGCCGCCGCCGCCGACCCCUACGCACCGGCCUCUCUGCACGGCCACCUGCACCAGGGUGGCCCCGAGCCCUGGCACCAUGCCCACCACCACCACCACCACCACCACCACCACCCCUACAUCGGGACACAGAGCACUGCCUACCCCCGCCCCGCCGCCAUGCACGAAGUCUACGGGCCCCACUUCGACCCCCGCUACGGCUCACUCCUGGUGCCCACCACCUCCGUCCGCCCCCAUCGUCUCACCCCCGCCUCCGUGCCCACGCCAGUCAGCCCCCCCUGCGAACUGGGCAAGAGCGAGGCGGGCACCGCCGCGGCCUGGACGACGCCAGGACCCUUCCCCAACACGGCGGGGGACAUGGCACAGAGCCUUGGCCUCAAUGUGGAUGCAGGUAAAGAAAAUGCCUGUACCUAUUUUUCUUCUUCCUUUUUUUCUUCUCUUCGUUCUCAGGUUUGCAGCCUCAGGAUAAAAGCAAGGAUCUGUACUGGUUUUAGAGCUGUCCUUCACUCUUCUUCCCUUGGCUCUCCCCUGUAGAUCUCUGCCUGUUAGAAAUGGUGGCAUUCAGAGCUGAAAUCGGGUCAGUUUGUAACAGCUUCUGAUCUUGGUUUGCAGCUCGCCGUUACUCCUUCUGUGGUGGAUCCCUACUGAGCUGAUGUGCUGACUCAAAGACUCCCAGAUCCCCACUUGCCCUUUUCCAAGCCCACCGUGGCCCUGCAGCUCGGGGAAAGACAACGGGACUUAAAAGGACCUGGCAUUGCAAGGACGGUACUUUAGACUUAUUUUGGAAAGGAAAAUCCUUCGGUUGCAAAAGGAGAGCCAAAGACGUUAAACUUCUAUUUAAGCAGACCCCACACCCAGAACUGCAGUCAGACUACUCUAAAAGAGUCAAAUGACAUCAUGGACAGUGAUGAAAAACCACUGGCCUUCGUACAGAGGGCAGAGGAAACCGUGGCUUUUUUUUUUUUUUAGUGGUGUGAAUAUUUUUUUAUGGCAGCGAAAAUUAUUUCUUGAAUGCAAACAUGGGAAAGCUACUUAGCAGUUUUGAACUGGAUUUUUACAUUAUAGAAAAGUAAAAGGAGAAGAAACAGGAACUCAUGAACAUUUUUGGACUAUCAAGGAACUGGUCUGAUUUUUUAGCUUUGUGGUUGUGAGUGGCAAGUGUUUGGCCGGGGCCAGCUGCCCCGGCCUUACAGAGAUGCAGCUGUUCCACGCACAACUGCUCAGACCCCAGAAAGACGAAAACCAAGGUGGCACUUCUCAGAGUUUGGCACAACAUUUGCAUUGGAUAUAUAACGGUUGUUUGGUUGUGGUUUUUGGUUGUUUGUUUGGUUUUGGUUUUUUUUUUUUACAAGAAACUUCUUCUGGUGAAAGUCAAACCCUCUUAAAGCGGGGGGAGGAAGGAAACCCGUGAAGAACGGCUCGCCCUCAACCCAACAGCCUUUAAGGACAACACCAGAAGGAAAGGCACGUGAUGGACAAAUAGGUCUGAGUUGCCUCUAACAUUUCUCUUUGUCUACUUGUUGCUGUCAUUUUGUCACUUUAAUAGUUGUUUUGUUUUGUUUUGUUUUGAAAAGGGAAAUAAGAUAUCUAUUUAACAGUAGGAAAGCUGCAUUAAAGGUAUCUCCUUCUUUUA